AUUCAAAAUUUAUAGAUUUUUAAACCGAAGUUGUCAACUAAACAAAAAACGAAACAAAACCAAGAUUUAUAGAAAAUUUUUAACAAAAACUAAAAACUAAACAUAUUUUUUGCUACUUAACAUUUUUCUUAAGCAAAGAAGUUUUAUAAAAUGGCCGAUCAACUAACAGAAGAACAAAUUGCUGAAUUCAAAGAAGCAUUCUCACUUUUCGAUAAAGAUGGUGAUGGCACCAUCACAACAAAGGAAUUGGGCACAGUCAUGAGAUCGCUCGGUCAAAAUCCCACAGAAGCUGAAUUGCAGGAUAUGAUCAAUGAAGUCGAUGCUGAUGGUAAGUUGCAAUUAAUUAAAUAAACAAUUAAUUCAAAC